AUGAUCGACGUGACAAGUAAAAGGUGCCUCUGCAAGAAGGCGGUGCCUACUUUCGAGCUCGAGGGCGAGAAACCCACUCGCUGCGCCUCCUGUAAGACCGAAGACAUGAUCGACGUGAGAAGCAGAAGGUGCCUCUGCGAGAAGGCGCGGCCUAGCUUCGGGCACGAGGGCGAGAAGCCCACCCGCUGCACCUUGUGUAGGACUGAAGGCAUGAUCGACGUGACAAGUAGAAGAUGCCUCUGCAAGCGAGCGCAGCCUCUUUUCGGACUCGAGGGCGAGAAACCCACUCGCUGCGCCUCCUAUAAGACUGGAGACAUGAUCAACGUGAAACAUAAAAAGUGCCUCACGAACGGAUGCGGUACCGUUGUGAAGAAGCACUACAAAGGAUUUUGCUUGAGGUGCUUCGUGUUCACAUUUCCGGGCGAGAAGGUCUCUCGUAACUACCGAGUGAAGGAGCAGCACUUCGUAGACUACAUCAGGGCUGCAGGCAUCCUUCCACGUGGCUCUGAGGUCACCUUCGACAAACGGCUCCAAGGGGGGUGCUCGGGAAGAAAGCCGGACACCUUCGUUGAUUUGUACACUCACACGGUGCACUGCGAGAACGACGAGGAGCAGCACCGUUACUACAUGUGCGAGAACAAGCGGAUGAUGGAGCUCUUCCAGGAUGCGGGCAACCGCCCCCAAGUGCAGCUCCGGUUCAACCCGGACGGCUACACGUCUGUGGACGGGAAAAAGCACCCGGGCUGUUUCAAGUACAACAAGCUCGGGGUGCCGGUGAUCCGGAACCAGGCAAUGUGGGAGGAACGCAUGAAUGCAUACCUGGAACGCCUACAGUACCAUCUCACACAUGUGGCAGGCCGCGAGGUCACCGUGGAGCAUAUGUUUUACGAUGGGUUCGAAUGGAAGAGCACCGUACAAAGCGACCGAGUGCGGGAGCACGAACCUCCCGGGGCCGAUCAUCUGAAGAGGGGCGCUGGGUUCCACAGGCCUUCGCGCUUCAGCCUCUUCAUCUGCUUGACCCCCUGA